AUGCUGCCCCGCCGCGCCCCGGCGCCCGGUGCGCAGCUGCCGCCCGCGCCCGCCCUGCUGCUGCUGCCGCUGCUGCUCGGCGCGGGGCCCCGCAGCGGCUGUCUGGCCAGCCCGGUGCCCGCCGCGUCCUUGUCCGUGUCGGGGCCAUGCGGCGCACAGCCCUGCCGGAACGGGGGUGUGUGCGCCCCGCGCCCCGCGCCCGGCCCGCAGUCCCCGGCCGCCGCCGGCGACCCCGGCUACAGCUGCACCUGCCCCGCCGGGAUCUCUGGCGCCAACUGCCAGUUUGUUGCGGAUCCUUGCGCCAGCAACCCGUGUCACCAUGGCAACUGCAGCAGCAACAGCAGCGAUGGCUACCUCUGCAUUUGCAGUGAAGGCUAUGAAGGUCCAGUCUGUGAACAGGCACUUCCCAGUGUCCCCGUCUCUGGCUGGACGGAGUCCAUGGCACCCAGACAGCUUCAGCCUGUCCCCACCACCCAGGAGCCUGACAUAAUCCUGCCCCGCUCUCAGGCCACCAUCACCCUGCCAACGUGGCAGCCGAAAACUGGGCAGAAAGUUGUAGAAAUGAAAUGGGAUCAAGUGGAGGUGACUCCAGAUAUUGCCUGUGGGAAUGCCAGUUCUAACAGCUCUGCGGGUGGCCGUCUGGUGUCCUUCGAAGUGCCACAGAACACUUCAGUCAAAAUUCGUCAAGAUGCCACUGCCUCACUGAUUUUGCUGUGGAAGGUCACGGCCACGGGAUUUCAACAGUGCUCCCUCAUAGAUGGACGGAGCGUGACCCUCCUCCAGACUCCCGGGGGCCUCGUCCUCUUGGAGGAGAUGCUUGCCUUGGGGCCCAAUCACUUCAUCGGUUUUGUGAAUGAUUCUGUUACUAAAUCUAUCGUGGCUUUGCGCUUGACUCUGGUGGUGAAGGCCAGCACCUGCGUGCCAGGGGAGAGGCGCGCAAACGACUUGGAGUGCUCGGGAAGAGGAAGAUGCACCACGAAGCCAUCAGAGGCAACGUUUUCGUGUAACUGUGAUGAUCAGUACACGGGUACUUUCUGUGAAGAAUUUGACGCCUGCCAGAGGAAACCCUGCCAGAACAAUGCGAGCUGUGUUGAUGCGAAUGAAAAGCAAGAUGGGGGCAACUUCACCUGUGUUUGCCUUGCUGGUUAUACUGGAGAGCUUUGCCAAUCCAAGAUUGACUAUUGUAUCCUAGACCCAUGCAGAAACGGAGCAACCUGCAUUUCUAAUCUCAGUGGAUUCACCUGCCAGUGUCCGGAAGGCUACCUGGGCUCUGCCUGCGAGGAGAAGGUGGACCCAUGCGCCUCGGGGCCCUGCCAGAACAACGGGACCUGCUACGCCGACGGGCUGCGCUUUGGCUGCAGCUGCAGCGCGGGCUUCACGGGCCCAGCCUGCGCGCAGCUCGUGGACUUCUGUGCGCUCAACCCCUGCGCCCAUGGCACGUGCCGCAGCGUGGGCACCAGCUAUAAAUGCCUCUGUGACCCAGGCUACCAUGGCCUCUACUGUGAGGAGGAAUAUGACGAGUGCCUCUCUGCCCCGUGCCUGAAUGCUGCCACCUGCAGGGACCUUGUCAACGGCUAUGAGUGCGUGUGCCUGGCAGAGUACAAAGGAAUCCACUGUGAAUCCUACAAGGACCCCUGUGCUAACGUCAGCUGUCUGAACGGAGGCACCUGUGACAGUGAAGGCCUAAAUGGCACAUGUGUCUGCGCACCUGGGUUUACAGGUGAAGAGUGUGACGUCGACAUCAAUGAAUGUGACAGUAACCCCUGCCAUCACGCCGGUACCUGCCUGGACCAGCCCAAUGGUUAUACAUGCCACUGCGCACGUGGCUGGGUGGGAGCAAACUGUGAAAUCCACCUCCAGUGGAAGUCCGGGCACGUGGCGGAGAGUCUCACCAAUAUGCCCCGGCACUCCCUCUACAUCAUCAUCGGCGCGCUCUGCGUCGCCUUCAUCCUGAUGCUCAUCAUCCUGAUUGUGGGGAUUUGCCGCAUCAGCCGCAUCGAGUACCAGGGCUCUUCCAGGCCGGCCUACGAGGAGUUCUACAACUGCCGCAGCAUCGACAGCGAGUUCAGCAAUGCCAUCGCCUCCAUCCGGCAUGCCAGGUUUGGAAAGAAAUCCCGGCCUGCGAUGUAUGAUGUGACCCCCAUCGCCUAUGAGGAUUACAGCCCCGAUGACAAGCCCUUGGUCACACUGAUUAAAACAAAAGAUUUGUAA